UGUAUGUAUGUAUGUACACCAGCAGUAGAUAAGGUUAACAUUAGUCUACGGGAGUUAAAGGCUCCAAAAACUGAUGCUUGACAGACGACGACCAUAACAACAGAGGCUACUGUACUUUGUUUGUCUCAGUGACGGGAAGUACCAAGACCAGUUAUGAUGAUCAGUAGAAAGUAUCAAAGUGUAUUAAAAUUUCAUCUUAUAAUAUUUUUGUCUGUAUGUAGUGAAAUAAGACGACUAAUACUCAACAGCUUGAAGGAGGAAGAAGGCUUUUAAUAAUGAUUGUGUGUUAUGUUACAUAUUAUCACGUUUAUCUGUGUGGGGACUGUGAUGCCGGGGAGGAGGCCCCACACGGGGUACACUCGGCCAGCGUCUUGUAAACAUGUCGCGUUUAGUGUUAGUAUGAUAUUCUGGGAUAUUCUUCCAGGGUAGAUGUCUACGUCGACCAGAAAAUAUAAUUUUAUUGGUGAUAAUGAUCUAUGGCCGAAGGUAAUAAUGUUGGUUUGACUUAAAAUUGCGGCGUUUGUAGUGAGGCGGCAACAGGUGAUGGUGUGUGAGAGAGCAGAGGCUUCACCUACUGUGUGUUGAGGACGCGUACCAACAACAGUACAGGUGAUGGCAGCCAGGUUUAUUAAUGUGUUUGUCCUGGUGUUGAUGGUGCGCCAGUGGACAGUUCUGGUGAGUGCCGAGGAGUGUCCUUACUACAUGGACAUCUUGCCCUGCGUCUGUACACAGGAUAAGGAGACUCUGGAGGUGGAUUUAAACUGCUCGCGGGUGGUGGACAUCGAACAACUGAAGCAGAUCUUUGAGGCAGAGUUUCCCUCCAUCAACUUCAGGGAAUUGACUAUGGACGGCACAGCAGAGGACCCCGUGCCGCUGGACUACCUGCCUGACGGGGUCUUCGGCCCGGUAACUUUCAGAAAAGUUAACAUUCGGUACACCAACGUGCAAGAUAUUGGAGACAAUGUGUUGUUACACCUGAACUCAACACUGGAGGAACUGAGGCUGAAUGACAAUGAGCUACUGAGCUUCCCGACCGCAGAUCUCCCUCACUUCCCCAAGCUUCUCUUCCUAGACAUCUCCAGUAACAACCUAACCUUUAUUGCUGACCUACACUCACUGACCCUAAACAGCCUUAACCUAGGACAAAACCCUGGCUUGUUCUUCACCACUGAGGCCUUCGUCAACGUCCCCAACCUCGUCGACCUAGACAUAGGAAACUGCAGCUUGAAGUCACUGCAGCCCAACUUAUUCACAGAGCAGUGGUUCCUCGCUACUCUCAACCUGCAGCUGAACCACAUCACCGAACUGGACGCCUCCUCCCUCAACUUCCCCAACAACUCCCUCAACGAGAUCAUUCUCUCCGGUAACCAGAUAACUACUGUUAACAAAGGUUUUAUUUCAGGGACGAGUGGGGAGCUCUACCUGGUGAUGAUGGAAAACCAACUGCAGGAGCUUCGUCAGGAGGUGUGGCAACCCGUGUUCCAGGCCAUGGCUGACGAUGGAGGCAGGGGCUUUGUUGUGUUAGAUGGUAACCCGCUGGUGUGUGGCUGCAGCAUCGGGUGGCUGGUCGCGUCAGAACACCUGCUCAAGCACUUAGCCAAAGGUGCCAAGUGUAACAACGGCACCUCGAUCUUCUCCCUUGACCCCGACUACUACACCUCCAAUUGUUACUAAACUACACCAAAUAUAAACAAUUUGUAACAUGUAUCUAAUGAGCCAUUGUAAUUGUACAGUAGUGUUAUUAAAUAUCUAUGUAUAUAUAUGUUAGUCUC